AUGAGUCCAGUCCAGUUUGCUGUUCAGAUGAACACCAAGCCCACUGACGCCCAAAGUGACGCCCGGUCCUUCCUGACUGAGGAGAUGAUUGCAGAGUUCAAGGCCGCCUUCGACAUGUUUGACACAGAUGGAGGCGGUGACAUCAGCACCAAAGAGUUGGGCACAGUAAUGAGGAUGCUGGGCCAGAACCCAUCAAGGGAGGAGCUGGAUGCCAUCAUAGAGGAGGUCGAUGAGGAUGGCAGCGGUACCAUCGACUUUGAGGAGUUCUUGGUCAUGAUGGUCCAACAGUUAAAGGAGGACCAGGCAGGAAAGAGUGAAGAAGAGCUUUCAGAAUGCUUCCGUAUUUUUGACAAGAAUGGAGAUGGUUUUGUUGAUCGUGAGGAAUUUGGAGAAAUCCUUCAUAUGACUGGAGAAACAGUGACAGAGGAAGAUAUCGAUGAGAUGUUUGGGGAAUCUGACACAAACAAAGAUGGAAAGAUUGAUUUUGAUGAAUUUCUGAAGAUGAUGGAGAACGUCCAGUAA